AUUUCAUUGCUUGAUGACAGACUUAUGAUAACCCGUUGCAGUCUAAUCCAGCAUACUCAGUUGUGAAGCAGUACUUUGUCGACAUGGAUGAUACAGUUCCUCAAAAGAUUGUUGUUCAUAAGGACAGUCAGAGAGGAGUACAUUUUCGGCGUGCUGGUCCCCGUCAGAAGGUUUAUUUCAGUUCAGAUGAUGUUCGUGCUUGUAUUGUAACAUGUGGUGGUUUGUGCCCUGGGCUAAACACAGUGAUCAGAGAAAUUGUACAUAGCCUUGACUAUAUGUAUGGUGUAGAUAAAGUCCUUGGAAUAGAAGUGAGCUACAGAGGUUUCUACGCAAAAAACACUAUUAAUUUGACUCCAAAGCUUGUAAACGAUAUUCAUAAACGUGGUGGUACAAUCCUUGGGACGUCACGAGGAGGCCACGAUACCAAAAAGAUAGUUGACAGCAUACAGGACCAUGAAAUAAAUCAGGUCUAUAUAAUUGGUGGUGAUGGGACUCAAAAAGGAGCAGCUGUCAUUUAUGAGGAAAUUAGGCGGCGUGGUCUCAAAGUAGUAGUUGCUGGGAUACCCAAGACAAUUGACAAUGAUAUUCCAGUCAUCGACAAGUCAUUUGGCUUUGAUACUGCCGUAGAGGAGGCUCAACGUGCCAUCAAUGCAGCGCAUGUUGAAGCUCAAAGUGCUGAGAACGGUAUCGGUUUGGUGAAGUUAAUGGGCCGCUAUAGUGGAUUCAUUGCAAUGUAUGCCACUUUAGCUAGCAGAGAUGUUGACUGCUGUUUGAUUCCAGAGUCACCCUUCUAUCUUGAAGGAAGUGGUGGUCUCUUUGAAUUCGUUAAGAAAAGGCUAAGAGAGGAAGGGCACAUGGUUAUUGUGAUAGCCGAAGGAGCUGGGCAGGAACUUCUUGACGAAGAGAAUUCCCAUGCUAGAAGUGAACAAGAUGCUUCAGGAAACAAGCUUCUCCAAGAUGUUGGUUUGUGGGUAUCCCAUAAAAUCAGGAAUCAUUUUGAAAAAAAGCUUAAGAUGCCCAUUACUCUUAAAUAUAUAGACCCAACUUACAUGAUUCGUGCUGUUCCAAGUAAUGCAUCUGACAAUGUAUAUUGCACGAUUCUUGCUCAAAGUUGUGUUCAUGGAGCUAUGGCAGGGUACACAGGCUUCACCUCGGGUGUUGUCAAUGGUCGCCAAACAUAUCUUCCAUUCAAUCGCAUUACUGAGAAGCAAAAUAAGGUGGUCAUAACAGACAGGAUGUGGGCACGACUUCUUUCUUCAACCAAUCAGCCAAGUUUCUUGAGCACAAAAGACAUUAUUCAAGUGCAAAAGAAGCAGCAUCCACCGACUCAGUUGUUAGAUGGAGAUAACAAUGAAAAUGAGAUUUCAGUUGCUCUCUCUACUACCUUUGAAUCUGCAAUGCCUACCGUAAUGUCAGGUUAAUCGGGUCGUGUAGGAACUUAUUUGAAGGUUUUGGAUCUGUUACCCUGCCUCAGCUGUGGGCACUAACAGAUGUAUAUUGAAGGUUUUGUUGUAUCUAGUGAAGUUGUGCCAAAGCUUCGUUGUAUUCAUGAUUAUGAACCAUAUUUAUUUCUAUGUUGUGGAGGUGUUGCUCCCAAAUUUUUUGUUA